CUUAUAUCUCAUCGGAUCAGAGAUUUCAGUCUGUCCUUGGCUAAGUUUGCACUGUUUUCCUCAGUUUCCCAAUUCCAAUUCCAAUUCCAAUUCCAAUUCGUCGUCAAAGAGGUACCAGAUUUGUCUUGGUAGUGGAAAGAUUCACCUCGCAAUCGCAACCGAUCAAUUGCCCAUAGCAUAUACAAAACACGGACACCAUUCUCAAUCACCAGCCUGCGAAAUCAGAGAUUGUGAUGGACCCUUCCAUUAUGAAGCUCCUCGAAGAGGACUAGAUUCUCUCUUUCUUGGACCCUUCCAUUAUGAAGCUCUUCGAAGAGGACGAGGACGAAACAAUGCAUUCAGGGGCGGACGACAGUGCGAGUCCUUCAUCAAGGAUCAGUGUUUCACUUUUGAAGAUUUUGGAACUUAAAGCCUGUGACUAACUUGCAUGCAUUCUUAGUGGCUUUAUCUCAAGGAAGCAAUCACGCUUUCAGUCAGUUAUUUCCACAGUGGCAAACUUCCAGCCAAGAUGAAAAUGCCAAUUUUCAAAAUCAUCAAACAGAACAGGCAAUGAACCCAAUGAACUGUGGAAAACAAGUUCCAUUUGCCAUGCUGCUUCCGGUCUUACAACCCCAACUUGAUAAAGACAGAGCCAUGCAACUUCAUACUCUUUAUAAUAAAUUAAAGAAAAAUGAAAUAUCCAAAGAUGGAUUUGUCCGGCACACGAGAGCUAUUGUAGGGGACUUGAGGCUCAAGAUGGCAGUGUAUAAAUUGCAAGUCCAGGCUGCUCGAAAUUCAAAGACUGGACCCAACCAAUUCUCAUUACAGUCUCAAGUGUCUGCGCAACAACAUCAUCUGAAAAUGCCACCUGUUGGUGCCCAACAGGGAAUGGCUCCCCAGUCAUUUGCACAACUUCACCAGAAGGGUGUCACCUCUCCUACAGACCCCUCUCAUAUUCCUUCUUCUGCAGCUCAACUGAAGACUGAUUCAAGCAAUGCAGCGACGGAUAAUAAUGGUAAAAAAUCCCAAGAGAUGGAACGCCAUUUAGAUUCACAUGGUAUGCCGGCAAGCCAAAUGUCUUCAUCCAGUUUGAGUAACAUAAACCAAGAAAGGGAGCGGUCCACAAUCCCCAUACAAGGACUUAGCAAGCAGCAGCAACAAAAUUUGCACUUCUCACAAUCAUCUUUUCCCAUUUAUGGAAGUACAGGUGGUAAUUAUGGUCACCCAUUUUCUGGAACAAAUGUUAAUUCUUCAGCAGCAUCUCUCAAACAACAGCCCCAUGAUUCACAAAUGAGGCAGGGUCCUGUUCAUCAAAGUAUUGAUGCAACUCAGUUAGGAACAUCAACUCAGGUCAUGAAUGUGUUGAAUGUGCCUAAUUUUGAGAGACAAAAUCCUUUUAGUGAACCGAAGAGAGUGCACGGUGGAACUCUAACCCAUUUGACAAAUAAUUCAACUUUGCAACAGAAUUCAGUUCAAUGGCAAUCAUCAACCGGUAAAGAGCAGAAAAAUGGUGCUCUGUCAUCAAUGACUCACGUUAAACAAGGGCCAGUUGAUCAGGGGAAUGAGCAACAGCACAAAUCACAGUUGUCUUCUCCUCAGGGGUUGUCUUUCUCUCCUUUACAGGUUGAACGUGGGAAUGCAAUUACAGGAACUUUAGAAGAUGAAACUCUUGCGGCGCAGCCCUCGAGGAUGUCUAUCACUGCCCAGCUGGGCCAGGACCCUAAUAUCUCGGCGAAGGUGGUUGUUGUGGAUGGUUUUCAAGGGGAAGUGGGUACAACUAAGCGGCACCUGAGCUUGCCUAGCGAUGAGCCUUCCCAGAGAAUGAAGGUACAAAGGUCAACUAUCCUUAAUGAUAUUUCUAUUGCGCCUAGGGCGGCAGGUGUGUCUUCUGAAGAGGAGAACUCUGCUGAUGAUUUGCUUCUGCGUCGUCGGUUGCAGGGACAAAGUAAGGCUAAUGGUUUUAGUGAUUUUGAAAGUGAGGAUGACGAUGGGGAUAACUUAGAGGCUAAUCUGAAUGCGAGAGAUGGUGACGUUGCUAGGGUUACAUUUGAGCAGGCAUAUGUUCCUAUUGAUAAGACAAGAUCUCAGGUUGUUGCGCCAUGUGUUGAGAAUAGAGUGACUUUUGCGACUCCUUUGCUGCAGUUAGGUCACUUGGUGGCACAUUCAGUUGAGUUUGCUUCUGGUGGAGUCCCCACCAUCUCUUUGUUUAAUGGGAGUAGUAGCUUGUCAUCGGUUGAUGCUCGUCCUAGUUUACCUUUAGUUGGUGCUCAGGUUAGCCUGCCUUUAGUGGAUAUGCAGCCUGGUACUUUGCCUGCUUUGUUUGGAGUUGCUACCAUUUUGCCACUUGAUGAGAGUGGCAGUUGUGUUCAAGAUGAGACUAAUGUUCCUAGGAUUCGCUGUGGCGGUCAAGCGAGUUUACCUUCUGUGGAUGGCGAGUUUACUGUGACUCGUCUUGAUGAUGGCUGUAUAUCCUUGGCAGGGCCUGAUGGCAGGGAGCGGGUUCUUGAUCCCAAGGUACUAUUUGCUGGCGUGCGGGGCGAGUAUUUGCCUAGGCUGAACUUUGUUUUUGAUCACAGGCCAAGCACUUUCAUGCGUUUGGAAGCUGUGUUCUUAAGACGCUAUUUAUUGGAGGCAUUCUGCGAUAUGCUUAGAGAGUUUCAUGGCCUUACUUCGGAGACUUCUAUUGACACAUUUCAGUCAUUUCGGGCUGCUGUGGCUGAGUUUCAGCGGCAUGAGUUUGAGGUGAGCUGGCUUAGAGAAAGUUUGUCUCGCAUGGAGGCUCAAGUGAAGAAUCGUCGGCUCGAGGUUGAGUUGGCAGAAAUGGACCAGCUUUUGAUGGGGACUGCGUUAGCUAGGGAGAAGGCCAUGAUGGAGUUAGAGCGGACGACUAAGGUGCUGGCAGAUGUGGACUUGGUGAUUUCGAGUUUGAGGGAGAGGAGAGCCGUUGUAGAGGCUCAACUUGUCAGUGUGGAAGGGGAGGUUUUUGACUUAGAUAGCCAAAUAGGUCCAAGUUAGGCGAGUCAAAGAGUUUCAUCAUGUGAUGAAGAGUUGAGCUAACAUUUUUGUGAUGAAAAACCCUAUGUACUAUAUACAUUAUUAUUAUUAUGUGCUGGAGAGUUGAGAGCUCAUGUGAUAGUGAGUUGAGCUAACAUUUUUUGUGAUGAAAAACCUUCAAGUACUAUGUACAUCAUUAUUAUUAUUAUUUAUUUAUUUUUGUUUUUUA